CCAGCACUCUGAGCGAAACACAACUGACAUCAAAAAAAAACCACCCCACCCACUAACAAUUGUUACUACCCCGCACCCAACGACAAUCACAAUGGACACGCCCAAGGAGCGGUCGAAAAAGAUCAAGAAGCCGUUCCACCUCAAAAAGGCGGACGUUGAUCUCGACGGCUACAGGAAGGAGAUCCAGGACCAGUCGCCGGCACACUUGGCGCAACGCGCGGUGGCGGCCUUGAAAUCUUCUCGUCAAUUCCACAUCUACCUGGUGCUGCAAAGUGUGGCGGCCUUCUGUGGGUACGGGCAGGUGAUGAUGUGUAUCGGUCUUUUAUGGAUGUUCUAUGUCAACACAGGAACACGAAAAGAUGGAGAGAUGAGCGCGUACUCUCUAUUCAAUCCAAAUGUCGAGGCGAUCGAUGGGACAACAAACAUGGAGUAUCUCGACAGGGAGAUGAGGAGGCAGUUGUAUUGAGCAGGAGGAGGGCCAGGAAGCCAGCUCUGGGAGGAGGCGUAUCUGGAUCAGCCCGUUCAGCGGUUGGGAUGAUGGGAUUCGACAGCCGUUUUUCGGUCAUACAACCGAAUUGCUUUUUCUUAUUCUUACGAUUUUUCUUUUUUCUUUUUUUUUCUUUACCAGCGCAAUAGACGAAAUCUAAGUGGUUGAUGCUGGACUGGAC